AUGAAGCAUCUGAGUAAAUCUGUCCUAUCGUUCUCGUGGGCGCUAUGUGCUUUUUUGGCACUUUUCACCCACACAGCAGCGUUUAGUCCAAAGGUGAAUGUAAUUCCCCAGUCGGAAUACGUACAAGAUAUCUUGUACUUUGACGACUCGCCCAAUGUCAUCGCUUUACGGGAGCAGUCUGUCGGUGCUUCUUAUGAUGAUGGUGUAACGUGGACAGAUAUUGAUAUAAUGGCCAAGAAAGAAGUCAGAAGUGUCAAGUUCGAUCCAUUUAUUAAGGAAAGAGCGUUUGCGUUCACAUCGGGAGGAGAUCACUUCGUCACAAACGAUAAGGGUAAGACAUGGUCCAAGUUCUCUGUUAAAGAUUCUAAGGGCAAUGCUUUGCUGGGUGUUUCUAUGGUGACAGUGGUCCCCAACGCGGCUGACCCUAAUGCUCUCAUUUUCAACUUCAGAGUUUGUGAAGAUUGGUACGAUAACCCACUGAGUUGCACAAAUCACCAUUUUUACACUGUUGAUGGCCUUAAAUCUGGUCCUAAGAUUUUGUCUGAGAAUGUUGUAUCAUGUACAUACGUAAUGGCUUCCAAGGAGUUCACCACCUCCGAUAAGCCAUCCACAGUAUUCUGUUCCCGCAUAAAAACAAAUUCUUUCGGCCAUGUUCUCGACUCCCUGUUGGUGAAAUCUUCCGAUUACUUCGCUACUGAGCAAAAAGUUGAACAUGCGAUAUUGAACUCGGGAAAAAUCAUCGAUCUCCGUGUUGAACUGUCAUUCUUGCUUGCGGUUGUUCAGAGCGACCGUUUCAAUGAAAAGUCUCAGGUUUCCAUUCUUGUGUCUAAGGAUGGUAUCAACUUCGAAUACUCUGAUCUUGAAUUUGAAGUUUCCUAUGGUGCUAUUUUAUUCUUACGCUCGAGCCCUCUGUCGAUCUUCUUGUCUGUUGGAAAAGGUCUGAGAAGCGGUGCCAUUACCCUGGCCACAAUCUACGCCUCCGACUCCACAGGCUUGAAAUACACUAAACUCAUCGAAAAUGUGGCCAUUGGCUCUACUUCCAAGGUUGAAAAUGUCGACGGAGUGUGGCUCACCAAUGUUCUUUUGGAUCAUGACAAGUCCGAUGAUGACGACAUGAUGGACAGUUUCUUCGGGAGCAGACACUACAAGCGUGCCAGUAAAAUCUCUGUUGAUGAUGGAAGAACUUGGCAAGAUUUGGCUGUUUUGGAUGAUGACUCCUGUAAGGCCGCAGAUGGGUGUUCACUCCACGUUGUUGAUAUCAGGUCCUUCGAGAAGGACGGCAACUAUGUCUCUGGUCCAACCCCAAAUAUUCUUAUUGCAUCAGGGACUACUGGGUCUCAUCUUGGUCGAUUCAGAAAGUUCAGAACUUACAUUUCCCGUGACGGAGGGUUGACCUGGAGAUCAGCUCUUAACCAGGGUGCUGUCUACUCCUAUGGAGACCAAGGUAACAUCAUUGUUGCCCUCCCUUUCUCUGGUAAGAAGGGUACUCCUUCAGACAAGUUGUUUUACUCUUUAAACCAAGGUAAGUCCUGGUCUGAAUUUAAGCUUGAUACCACCGUUUAUCCCAUGCAGCUCAUUACCACACUUGAUGGCACUGGCAAGAAAUUUGUUCUCAGUGGCUCACAUCCUACGAAAGACUAUGAGUAUCAUAGUGUACUUCUCACCAUCGACUUCUCUGAUGCCUUUGACGGUGUCAAGUGUGACCCUGAAAAAGACUUCGACAAGGUGUUUGCUCGUGUUGCAGAAGGUGAUUCGGGCUCCCUGUGUAUCUAUGGACACACUGAGAGUUUCAAAAGAAGAAAGCCAGAUUCAAAGUGUUUCGUCAGUACCUUAUUUGAGGACAUGAAAGUCACUGAAGAUCCAUGUGAUUGUUCAGAAAAGGAUUUUGAAUGCUCGCCUUACUUCAAGUUGUCUAACAAGAAUGAAUGUAUUCCAGAUCCUCCAAAGAUUGCUGAGCUUUGUCAGCGGGUGAAAACGAAGAGUGUCAAGAUCCCAAACAAACAGUUGGUGGCAGGAAACUUGUGCAAGUCAGAUAAAGCUCCUUUCAUCACUACAGAGGAAUUCCAGUGCAAAGAUCAAGGAGAAACACCUGAAAAGAGCGUCCAAAUCGUUGCCAAAUUAAAUGAACUUGAAGGCUCGCUUGCACAAUACACCUAUGUUAAGACGGAGAAUGAAUUGGCUGAUAACAUCAUUGUCCAGACAGACCAAGGAAUUGCAUACGCAUCUAACAAUGGUGGCAUCUCUUUCGUCAGAGUCCCCAUCUCUGAAAAGAUUGUUGGCUUUACGGUCGGUCCCGUCCAUGGGGUGGUGAUCUUAUUUACAUCUGGCGAAGAGUUUUACAUUUCAGACGAUGGUGGAAAUACUUUCACAACACGCAAGGCACCUGGGCCACCAGCACUGAAGGUUCGUCCCGUUUCUUUUGAUCCUGAAGAACCUAAGAAUUUUCUAUGGUUUACUGGAAACUGUGGUGAAGCGGGUUCAAGCAAUUGUGUUUCUUACCAAUCGGAUGAUUUUGGAGAGACUUUCAAGAAGUUGGUUGAUAAUGCAGUUACCUGUGACUUUGUCUCUACUGUUUUUGGUUUGGUUUCUCAAGAAUUGAUUUACUGCACUGUUCAGGAUGGCAAUAAAAGAAAACUUAUUUAUUCCACUAAUCUGUUCUUGGAGAACCAACAGAACGUUUUGUUUGACAACAUUGUGUCGUAUGCUGUGAGAAAUAAUUUCGUUGUUGUCGCAACUAUUGAUGAAGAUCUUCAAGAGUUGAGAGCAAAAGUUACAGUUGACGGUUCUAACUUUGCCGCAGCCGACUUCCCAAGCGAUUUCAAGGUAAAAGCUCAAACCUCAUAUGCGAUCCUUGAUUCAGAUGCUCAUUCCAUUUUCAUGCAUGUCACCACAGUGAGUGAAAGUGGUCAUGAACGUGGCGCAAUCCUCAAAUCCAAUUCAAACGGUACAUCUUAUGUAUUGUCCUUGAGCGAUGUCAACAGAGACAGCACCGGAUAUGUGGACUAUGACAAAAUGGAAUCAAUCGAAGGCGUUUUGAUUGCGAACACUGUUAACAAUCCAGAUUCGACACAGCCCAAGUUAUUGAAAACUCAAAUUUCCUUUAACGAUGGUAGUCAAUGGUCAUUCUUGCCUCCUCCUCUGGUUGACGUAGAUGGUAAAAAAUAUCCAUGCGCAGGGCAGUCACUUUCUAAGUGUUCUCUCAACUUGCAUGGCUUUACUGAGAGACCAGAUUACAGGGACACGUAUUCAUCGUCCUCUGCAGUUGGAUUCUUAAUUGGAGUUGGAAAUGUUGGAGAAACCUUGGAUAGCUAUGAAAAAGCAUCAACAUAUUUGUCAAUCGAUGGUGGACUUACAUGGAAGGAAGUGGCUAAGGGUGUGUAUCAGUGGGAAUAUGGAGACCAAGGAACAAUCUUAGUACUUGUGGAUGCCAUCAAUGAGACGGAUAAGAUUAUUUACUCGACUGAUGAGGGUAAAUCCUGGCAGGAGUUCAAGUUUUCCGACAAGAAGGUCCGUGUAUUAGAUUUGGCCACCAUACCAACAGACACGGCCAGAAAAUUUGUAAUUUUUGCUCGCAAUGGUGAGAGUAAGGAUGGCUUUUCAGCGAUUUCUAUUGACUUCACUCACUUCUUCAAGAGACAAUGUCAGCUUGAUUUGGACAAUCCGGACAAAGAUGACUACGAAUAUUGGACUCCAAAGCAACCAGAAUCGUCUGAAGGCUGCUUAUUUGGACACGAGGCAAAGUAUUUGCGCCGUGCUUUGGGGCAUGAUGACUGCUUCAUCGGUUCUGCUCCUUUGGAACAAGGAUACAAGGAGGUGAGAAAUUGCUCUUGUACCAGAAAUGAUUAUGAGUGUGAUUACAACUUUUACAGGGAUACUGAUGGAACCUGCAAACUCGUGAAAGGAUUAUCACCAGCUGACCACAAAGCAAGUAUGUGUGCGCUGCCGGACACCUUCCAGUACUUUGAGCCAACGGGAUAUCGAAAACUUCCGUUGUCAACUUGUGUUGGAGGAAAAACAUUUGAUGCUUUUGACCCACGUCCUUGUCCUGGUCACGAGAAAGAGUUUGCAAAGCAUUAUGGAAGAGAUAUGGGUGCUGGAAAGAUCCUCGUGGUCAUCCUUCUUCCAUUGUUUGUAUUUUUCGUUGCUACUUGGUUUGUUUAUGACAGAGGUAUCCGUCGAAACGGAGGCUUCUCGAAGUUGGGACAGAUCAGAUUAGAUGAUGAUGAUGACUUCAACCCCAUUGAAGAGAACAGUGUGGAUGUAGUUGUCAACAGAGUCGUUCGUGGAGGUAUUAUCAUUGUUGCGGGCACUAUUGCAUUGCUAAAGACGAUAAGAAAAUUCGAUAGGGCUUUGAUGGAACGCUUGACUUCUUCAAUUUUCGGGCGUCGUCCUGGAAGACGUAACUACGUGCGUGUUCCAGAUGAUGAAGACGAACUUUUUGGCAAUUUUGACCACGAUUACGAAGAAGAACUAGAGGAUGGAGCUGAUGUUGACUUCGAAGUUCGGGAUGAACCGGAGGAGUUCACUGACUUUGUUGACGAGCCUGCCGAUGCAGAUGCAAGACUUUUUGAUAUUGACGAACAUUCAGAUGAUGGGCAAUCCGCUUAUCGAGACCACGAGACUGAAGAAGAUACCGAAGGUGAGCCUCUAGAGUAG